AUGGAAUUCGGGUCGUUGAGGAAGCGGGAGCAGAGUUUCCCACCAAAGAGAGGGCAGAUCAAGAUGAGGAUCAUCAAGAGCCUCAUUAGUUCAGCAGCUGCUGCUAUUGGUACUUCAAGCGGCGGCAAGCUGAAGAUAAGUAGAAGGGACGGCGACGGCGGCGAUGGAUUUAGCAGCAGCAGCAGCAUAUGCUCGUUGGCGCCGGCUACUCCGCCUGCAACUCCAACUGGGUAUUUGUCCAAUGCCGAAGCGUUAUUCAUUGAUGAUUCCAGAUCUGAUCAUUGGCUGCCGUCGGUUGAUCAUCUGGGCAAUUCUCUUGUACAGUUAGUUAGGUAG